UGAAGUACCAGGAAUAGCAGAGCAUACAAAAGCCUCCUUAGAGUCUUAUAUAUUCCUCUCUUUCCGUACACAUAUGGGUAGGCGUCCUUGCUGCUCCAAGGAAGGGUUGAACAGAGGAGCAUGGACCUCGAUGGAAGAUAAAAUACUGACAGAAUAUAUCAGAGCCCAUGGUGAUGGACAAUGGAGAGAUCUUCCCACAAGAGCAGGCCUUAAAAGAUGUGGGAAGAGUUGCCGGUUAAGGUGGUUGAAUUAUCUUAGGCCGGAUAUUAAGAGAGGGAACAUAACUCAUGACGAAGAGGAACUCAUUAUCAGACUUCACAGGCUCCUGGGAAACAGGUGGUCUUUAAUUGCAGGGAGGCUUCCAGGGCGAACAGAUAAUGAAAUCAAGAACUACUGGAACACCAAAAUCAGCAGAAAGAUGCAGUUGGCUGCCAUCAAUAUCCGUGGCCAAAACCACCGCUCAACAACUUGUAAGUCAUUAAACCAAUCCCAAAAGCAGCCUAAUCCCACAGUAAAACCAUCAUCAUUGGAUUUUUCUAAAAAUUCAACUGUCAUCCAUACAAAGGCCGGAAGGUGCACUAAGGUUGUCAUUACUAACCCACAAAGGUCUGAACCUCAUAACACCGAUCAUCAUCAUCAGAUUAAUUCAUCAGAAUUUGUUUCGAAGGAGAAUGAACGGUUGGAUUUAAUCAUGGAUGAUCUUGAGGUCAAUGAAAGCUUCUUAUUAUCAGAUUUGCUUGACAUCGAAUUUGGAAUAGUACCACAGCAGCUAAAUAACGGGGCAGCGGGGCAUAGGGACGCUAGUACGCCAGGUUCCAACAGUCAUUCCUUCUUGUUUCCCGACGACAUGAUGCACGAGUCCUCGGAUUUCUCAUCCAUGGCUUUUUUAGUUGAGGGUGAAUCGAAUUGGCUUCAAAAUUGAUCAAUGAUCGAUGGAUGCGUAUCUUUCUCUUGUGGGUUGGUUUUCGUUUAGGUGCUGCCUCUGUGCUGUAGAAUUGUACUGCUUAGUUUCGUGGGCGGAGAUUGUUUGGGCAGUAACUUCUCCUGUCCCUUGUGUUUGUCGCGGUGGAUGUGGUUGAUUAGGACUGUUGCAGUUUUUCUCUGUUCUCAUAUCCUGUAUUGUUAGUUUGUGGUGAGGCCUUCUUACGGAGGCGGUUUGUAUGCACAUGGGUUGUUAGAUGUACCCUCAAGUAAUACAUUCAAUUUUUUGUU